AUGGGUGUUUCCUGCAAAACCGUUCUCGCUUCCAAGGUUUCUGCCUCCUUCAGAGAUCAAAUCAAGGCCGAUAUCAAAGAGCGCAAUAUUCGACCCAAGCUGGUCGGCUUCCUUGCCAAUGAAGAUCCCGCCGCUAUGAAGUAUGCUGAAUGGACAUCCAAGACGUGUGCGGAAACCGGAGUGGAAUUCGAACUUCGCAAGGUCGAUAAGCAGGAUUUGGAAGAAAAGAUCACUGAAGCGAACCAAGACAAAUCCGUCAAUGGUAUCAUGGUCUAUUACCCCGUAUUCGGUGGUAAGCAGGAUUUAUACCUGCAAAGCUGUGUGAGCGCCAUGAAGGAUGUGGAAGGUCUGUGCCACAAGUUUGUCUACAACGUGUACCACAAUAUCCGCUACCUCGAUGAAUCCGAAACCAUGAAAUGUAUUAUUCCCUGUACUCCCUUGGCUAUUGUAAAGAUCUUGGAGUACAUUGGUGUAUACAAUUCAGUGCUUCCUUACGGCAACCGUCUUUAUGGAAGAACCAUUACGGUGGUGAACCGUAGUGAAAUUGUGGGUCGUCCUCUGGCUGCCAUGUUGGCCAAUGACGGUGCCAAGGUGUACUCGGUGGAUGUGAACGGUAUUCAACUGUUCACACGUGGUAACGGUAUCAAGUUGGCCGCUCACAAGGUCGAGGAUAUCGAUGACAAGUUGGAAGACGUGGUCCCCAAGUCCGAUGUCGUCAUUACCGGUGUGCCUACCCCCAACUACAAAUUGCCCUCGUCUCUGUUGAAGGAUGGUGUCGUCGCCAUCAACUUUUCUUCGUUUGCCAACUUUGAAGAUGACGUCAAAUGCCACUCUUCCAUUUUUGUCCCUUCAGUCGGCAAAGUCACCGUCGCCAUGUUGGAACGCAACUUGCUCCGUCUCCAUGAUUACCAAAACAACGUCCUCGAAAAGAAACAAGAGUAA